UGCAGAUAUGUUACCUGGUUGGCGGUCGCCUCCGACCUCCCGAUGACCACCACCGGCCGGGCCAUUCGAGUACCGCAAUGAUCCGCGACCGCCAGUCGACCGCCUACGGUACCGCCUACCAGAACGCCUUCCUGCGGCGCGGCUCGCCGCCCGGCAGCCCGUCGCCCAAGCCGUGCUGCUACGAGCACCCGCGCGCCCAGCCGCCCUCGUUCUUCUGCUGCUGCUACAGCUGCUCGGGCGGCGCCGACCGCAACGCCUCCCUGCUCGCCGCCGUCGGCGUCUGCCUCCUCGUCCUCGCCUACACCGUGCUCGGCGCCUUUCUCUUCAUGUCGCUGGAGGGCGGCCUGUACGACGACGCGGCGGCGGCGGCGGCGGCCCAGCGGGCGUCCGCCAGGCCCGCCGGGACCGUCGACGAGCUCCGGGCGGAGACCGUCGAUAGAUUGUGGAGCAUCACGGAGAACUUGAACAUCUUGUAUAGGGAGAAUUGGACGCGGCUGGCCGCCGAGGAGGUGCUGGUGUUCCAAGAGGCGUUGUUCAAGGCGCGCGGCUCCGGCGUCGGGACGGCGACUUACUACCGGAACUACCACAAGUGGAGCUUCAGCUCGAGCUUUUUGUAUUCGCUGACGCUGAUCACUACCAUAGGUUAUGGUUCGGUGUCCCCGCACACGGCCUGGGGCAAAUUGGUGACGAUCCUCUACGCGCUGGUGGGCAUCCCCCUGAUGCUGAUGUACCUGUCGGCGACCGGCGACGUUCUAGCGCGCUGCUUUCGCAAGUUGUACGGCAAAAUGUGCGGCGUCUCGCCGAAGACCUUCCAGUGCCCGUGCACCAACAAAGUCAGAGUCCCGGUGACGCUGUGCCUGGUGAUCGUGCUGGCGUACAUCUGCUCCGGAGCGGUGCUGUUCCAUCGAUUGGAGAAUUGGUCGUUGUUGGAAGGUAGCUACUUCUGCUUCACCAGCUUGGGCACCAUCGGUUUCGGGAAUUUGGUGCCCGGCCAGCGGACCGAGGAGAUCUCGCUGUGCGCUUGUUCGGCGUAUAUUCUGACCGGUAUGGCUUUGGUAGCCAUGUGCUUCAGUUUAGUACAAGACGAAGUGCUCAGCUUGUUCAGAUACCUCGGCACCACCUGCUCCAAAAGCGACGCGAAACUAAAAGAUGAGGAGGGUUCCUGA